CACAAGGCUAUUCCGUACUGUCGACGUCCACCACACCCAAGGCCGCAAGCCUCGCCUUUUACGACCCUGCACGAACUUGCACGACGUUCAGAUCUCUUUCUCUGUUCUCUUCAUCCGCACCCCUUCCACCUCCCCUGUCUCUCGCGCAUUCCGCUUCACGUCGGCUGCUCUCUCAUUUUCAAGACUUGCAUAUCCCUGUACUCUCGUUUCUCUCAGUGAAGAAUGGAUAGCUGGAGGGUAGCCGUCCUCGGUGAUGGAGGCGUAGGCAAGACCGCUUUGGCUGUGCAGUUUACACUGAAUUGCUUUGUUGAGACAUAUGAUCCAACGAUAGAAGAUGCAUAUCGCCGACAGCUGGUCGUCGACAAGCGGAUGUGCUUUAUUGAGGUGAUUGAUACAGCAGGACAAGAGGAGUACGCGACUUUACGCGACCAAUGGGUCAGGGAAGGCCAGGGGUUUAUUCUGGUCUACUCGAUCGCGUCACGGGCAACUUUCGACCGGCUCGACGUCUUCCGACAAGCCAUGCUGAAGGUGAAGCGACAGAAGCCGGUCUUCAUGCUCGUGGGCAACAAGUGCGACAAGCAGUACGAACGAGAGGUCUCGCGGGAAGAGGGCGCGACGCUCGCACGGAACUUCGGCUGCGAAUUCCUCGAAACGUCCGCCAAGACACCGACGAACGUCGAGAGGCUCUUCGUGGAUCUUGUCCGGUUGCUACGACAGACAAAACAAGCGGAACAGGGCAUGCAGGGCCAACCACGAGUCAGGGACGAUCGGGUUGGGUCAAAGCCUUCAGGGAAGGGUCCAGGGAAGAUCAAGUGUAUUAUCAUGUAGGGUGCAUCGAGGACUAUAUAGAACUGACCCAUUUCUGCUGCUCACCCCGUACCACGAUACCAUUUCUCUCUUACGUUGGGUUCAUAACGUCCGGUUCCGACUGCUGCCGGGACAGAUAUCCCUUUCCCGCCGGCUAUAUGACAUUCAGAGUUGCUUCAUGAUGUACAUAUCCCCCGCUCUUCCCUCUGUGCAUAGUCCAGUUCUGACACAUAGGAAUGCAUCUACGCUUACUUGGACGCA